AUGGACGUUUCUACCCCGUCAUACAUCCUCGGGGACCUCCGAAUCGGGGAAAUUGUCCAAUUGUUUAGGUCGAAAUCGUACGAACGAUAUUCAAUUACGCGCGUUAAAACUCUAUCGGACCGUCGCCCGGCGUCGGUAUGGCAGGCGGCCAUAUCGACCUUCCGCGAACCUAUCGUCGCCAAAGUUCUAACCUAUACGGACGACAUUCGGGCAACCGUACGCAUAUGGCUACAGGAGAUUAGGAUCCAUUCCAAAAUCGGCUCGGACAAAUACCAGACCAUCGUUCAACUGCUUGGCGUAAAUGCCCGUAUUUAUACUUUUUAUAUGGAGGCUAUCCAGGUAUCUUCGCUUGGCGACAAAAACUUCAGGGAUUACCACGGUCACUUUUCAAGCACCAAUAACAACGCCGAACGCGUUUUGAACGACAUGGUUUCGGCGCUGUCCUGGGUCCACGGCCUGGGAGUCGUCCAUAACGACAUUAAGCCUGCCAAUAUCCUUUUUAGCUAA